GGCAAAUAACGGACGUUGCUGUUCAGUCCGCCAACUGUGUUUCUCUUCUUUUAUCGCAAAGCUCGUGGUUGAUUGUCGCUGUAGCCGACUAACCCAAAUAAUCACAUGGAACCAGGCCGGCGAUACUUUUCAUCGCCGCUACUCCCGAGGCAUAACCGCACCUGGGAAUUAGAAAGCAAUCGCACCGAUCCGAAGAUAUUGGUUGCUUUCGACGCACAAUUUCUGCGGCAGCUACGACAACUCCCAGACGAACUGGAACUGUUAAAACGUCAUUGUAAUAGCGGUACGAAAUCAACGUUCAGGUAAUGCAAACUGGGAUAAGCAAUUCAAAUCAUAGUUGUUGGAAUUUUACAUUUUUUUAAUGGUUAGACUUGUGUGAAACAUCUAAUUUUAGACAUUCAAAAAGCCUCGUUUCACUGUCGUAUUUGUCUUUGCGAACUUGCUUAGUUUGAUUUACAUACACAACGGUCGCUUUGAUGAAAAUUCACUACAUCGGGCUGCUGCCGUUGCUCACUGAGUACACGUGUCACAUAUAAACAUCAAAGAGCCCGUAAAAGAGAGAUCGCAUUUAUUUUGUUAUGAAAUUUUACCAUCCGAUCAAUCAAUCUGUUUAGUGUGAUUCGGUUGCCCUAUUUUCUUUUCUUUUUUUUAAUCUUGCAUGCUGAAAGUAGAUGCACACUAAGUUUGACGUAUUUGUAGUUCAAAUCUUUUGAGCCACUUAGACUGCGCGUUUGAUUGGCUCCUGUGAGUUCCUUUGUUUAUAACGAAUAAAAAUGCGUCGUUUAUUUCCUUCCACUUGUACUGAAUUACCUUUUUAUUCUGCAUCAUGUUAUCUUAAAAACUGCAUUUCUCUAUAUCCAAUCAGUGGUCGGUUCCGGCAAUUCUACUUUUUGUCAAAGCGUGGAUUACGCAUGAGGAAUUGGCAUCGAAAUGGUCUAAUGCGUUAAAAUCAAAGUCUUUAUAUGUGUUUUACACUCAAAAAUAAAAAAGGAUACCCUUUUUUAACUUCGACUCGCCGUUAUGAAGACCUGAGAAAAGUGCCCCCUUUUUUCAUAAAAAGCCGGAUAUUUUUAGGAGUUGUGUACGUUGUCUUCGAUAUAAAGUGAACCAACUUUCUUGAGUAAUAUUUAUAUCUCACUAAUCGCAAAAAAGCUGGAAAGAGAAAUUUCUCAAGUUUUUACAACUUUUUUGCCUUUUUCUUCAAAGUUGAAAAAAGUCGACUUUUUCCCGGCCCCUUUCCUUUUUUGGUCUUUUUGGCGAAUAUUGGUGGGAGUCCCAAUUUUGAUUUCGGGCCUCUCGACUAACAGCUGUAAAAAAAUGGCGGAAAAUUCUGGGCAAUGGUGGCGUUAAUUUACAAGUGUUUAUAUGUAGUUGAACACUUUGUAUUCCGGCAAUGUUUCAAGACGUCGGACGUUCACGUCAAGAUUAAGACGGACGAGAAAUAAAAAAGGGGUAAAACUUAAGUCUUCAACUCUAAACAAAGGUAAUCUGGCCAUGAUAUUUAGCCUCGAUUUAAACAGGGGAUCUACGUACAUUUCCUUCGAAGAAGAGGAGAUAAUUCCACCCUUAGAUGCUGGCUUUUAGCACGUCGAGGACUUUGAGAAGACGUACACGAGGACGGCGACAAGAACAAUCUCAACCCUCCACCUGGGCAGAGUGCGCUGGCCGUACUAAAACGACCAACCUUCACCACCACCAAGGAGGGUCAAGGGACGUGGAAGAAAUCGCUUGUAGUAGUGGACAUGUUCCCGUACAUGUCGCUGACCGAAGAAACUUCUUCGGUCGAUUGAAGUACAUAGGUUACUAAAAACAACAAUUAGGCUUUGAAGUGGUUCUUCUGGAUGCAAAUACUUCAUCAACAGACGAAGUUUCUUUGGUCAGCGACACGGUGCACCUGGAACUUUUCUCCGAUUUCGCCAGACGGCGACACGUCCACCAUACAAGCGAUUUCGUCCACGUUCGUUUUAGUUGAGAUUUGUUCGUGCGGUCGUCCUUUGCUAAGAAAAGAGGUACACCAAGCGCUGUAGACUGCAUUGCGGCCACUACUGAGCGAACUGAGUUCGCAGUCACUCGUUCGUCUCCGUUUGAAGACAAAGGACGUCUUCUCACAGUCCUCAACGUGCUAAAAGCCAGGAUGAGAGAAUUAACUCCCCUUCUUUGAAGGAAAUGUACGAAGAUUUCCUGGCUUAGGACGAGCCUAACUAUUAUGGUCACUGAGUACCGUUGUUCUCGUUCAUCUUAAUCUUGACAUAAACGUCCGACAUCUUGAAAUAUAAGAUUGCCGGAACACAAAGUGUGCGACUACAUAUGAACACUUGUAAAUUAAUGUCACAAUUCAUUGCUCAUAAUUACCUGUCAUUUUUGACAGGUGUCAGUCGAGAGGACCGAAGAUUGGGAUUCUCGCCUUUAUUUGUCCACUGUCCGCCAAAAAGUCCAAACAAAGAUAGGGGAAAAAGUCGUCUUCUUUUUUUUGCGUUAAAGAAAAAGGCACAAACUUGAAAAAACUCGAGAAAUUUCUAUUUCCAGCUUUUUUGUGAUUGCUGAGAUAUAAAUAUUACUCAAGAAAGUUGGGUCACUUUAUAUCGAAGACAAAUCCUAGGAAUAUCCGGCUUUUCAUGAGAAAAGGGGCACUUUUCUCAGGUUUCCAUAACGCCUAGUGGAAGUUAAGAAAGGGUUUCCUUUUUUUAGUUUUGAGUACGGAAAACAAAUGCAGAUCUUGAUUUUUAGGCGUUUUCAUUUUCGUAAUCCGCAUUUUUGCAAAAAGUAUAAUUGCGGGAACCGACCACUGAUUACAGAUCUCUGUUAUGGCUUCACAAAUAGGUCAGAAGCUUGGGAUGAUCAACCACAGUACCAGCAAUGGAGUACCCGAGAGGAACGUCUGAAACUUGAAUACGCAGAAGAGUAAGUAGUAAUAGUGAAAAACUGAAUUUAUUCAUUCUUUCAAUAAAAUUAAUAAAGACAACUGAGUCUUAUGCGCGUCGAGAACGUUUUCACAUGACGUCACAUCCGCCAUAUUGGUAUACUAAAACUGUAAAACGGCGGCCAUGUUGGUGGUCAUAACCAAUCCUGUGGGUGUGGAAUCUUCGCUCCAAAAAUUUUGCAUAACUGCUGACCGAGUUAGUGAAAACGCUCUGUAAUGGUUAAUGGAUUGCCUUCCUAUUUUGUUGUUGUUGUGGUUGUUAAAAAGUGCACAUAACCUAAAAAUGUUUUAUGUUAAAUGAAAGAAUGCACUACUACAAGGACUUCUUCGUAACAAAUUUGCGUUUGACCAAAUGAGAUUUUUAAAGUCUAAAUUUCAUUGGUUCACCCGUUCUGUUAAUCACGAAAUUGACAGGCUCAUUUGUGACGUCACGAGAAAUUAACUCUUUCAAACUUUUUAACUUAACGAGAUUUUAUGCAUGCUUAUCCCUUUUUAAGGGUCUCCUGCGUUGUUGCAUCUCACUGUAACACAUCUUACUGGCAUGGUUCACAUUUUAAGAGCUGUUUUAGUUUGUGAAUUGAACGAAGUAUUUCAAGAACUUAAUAUUUACUUGUAUCUAAAGUUACUUAAAUACGUGUUCCACAAUUUAAGUAAUAGUUCAUUAAUCUACCCCACUUCUCCCGUUUCCGCGGGAAUUUCGAGAGAAGGCGAAGACUAGUGGUUUGCAAAAAUGGUAGCAAAUUGUAACAUUUGAACAAAAUUCUACAAAAAUCACGUUAUGUUGAAAUCAUUUUUUUUUUCGCAGUAGUUCUAGUAGUAAUGCAUACUUUAGACUUGACUAUAAGGGAAAUGGGUACAAGUUUUCGGCGGGACGAUUUCUGGAAUCAUUUGGGGGGACAACCAUUACUUAUGAUGGGUUAAAGGUUCUCUUAAAUGCUAUCGACCAAUCAUAACUAACACUUGUCCACCCAAACAAUCCCAGAAAUAACUGCACCCAAAGCUUCUGCCCAUUCUCCCAAGAGUUUCUGAAGUGGAGAAUUUAGUGCUAGUGCUUAUGUUCUGGAAGUUUUCAGUGUUUUUAAACAAACGGAAACCUAAGUUUUCAACUCCAUUAAGAUUAAUUAUAAGCAAUAAAAGUACUAUAGGUACUCUUACUAAAAUUACUAUCAAUAAUUUUAUUACUAUUUUAGGUAUGUAAAGCUCCAAAAUCGUUACAGAGACCAGCUGAUGAAAGAAACAGAGAGUUAUCAAAGGGAGAACGAAAAUUUAAGAAAGCAGUUAGAAAAGUGGUGAGUGCAGUGUUUAUAAUCGUUAUAAUCGACAUACACCUAAAAAGCCUGGAAGUCUGUCGCGCCGCAGACAACUUUUAUGACCCCUUUUUUUGUUUAAUUUUUAUAAAUUUUUGAAAAAUGUUUUUCUUCUGUAAAGAAAUAAUUUUUCGCGCUUAUGUGUUUUCCUUAACUAUUGUUCGGAAUGAUUUUUUUCUUUGCCAUUUUACAAUUUCCGGAAGCGCAUUAUAAGUGAUAUUUUUAAGCCAUUUUUUUUUUUUUCAUUUUGCUGUCAUGAGAGAGCGGGGGUUUUGUUUGACGCCGGGCACCGGACGCAACGUUCUGUUGUUUGACAUUUAAAGUCCGGUGGUUUACACACAAAAUAUUUUUUUUUUAAGGGUGAAAAUGUUUUUUUUUUUUUUUAAUCAAAGGUAAGGUAUAUUUGACCCUUAUUUUACUCACAUAUUUAUGUAAUGCAUACAAUUCUUGUGAGCAUUUUUUCCCUAACGCCUUAAAAGGCCUUUCUGGUUAACUAAUUCAGGUCCAGGAAACGCAUUAAAUUGCAUUUUAGAGAGUCCAAUUUUAAAAAUUUCCUUCAGCACGAACGGUGUAAGUCCAGCAGCUAAACCUCUGCAUCAAUUCCAAAUGUUACCGAAAACCCUGAGAGAGGAUGUCUCAACAGAUGCUUCGCGCAAAUUAGAGCUUGCAGCUUUUUAUAAUCUGUCUUUCUAUCACUGAUAUUCUUUUAAUUUAUAUUGUUUAUACUAAUAUUUGUCGCUCUGAAAGUCAACUGGCUUAUUUAGCCGCCUUAACAUAAGCCUGCGUAGCAGGUGCUUGGAAGUAAUGGGCGAAAGAACGGGAAGCGCGAGCGAAACACGCUUAAAUAGUAUAAUCAAAGUGCAGACCCUAAAGGUCACUUCAAUGGGACUAUGUGGCUGUACUCUAAAAGAAAAGUUGGAGUGUUCAAACGCUAUUCACAAAGGAACGAUUUGACGUCAAAUACGCAUUAAGAGCAAAAGCGGCGACAGACAAAAGAUCUGUCGAAUCGUUGCCAUGAAGUUCAGAGGAAUGACUCUUUUUCAUAAAGAACUUGGUGGUUUGCCCUGGCGAUGGAACGCAUACCAUCAAAACCUGGACAGGACUGAUACAAUACAAUACAAUAACUUUAUUUAAAGAGGGAAGCGCAAUAACCUUUUACAGUUUUCUAACCUACGGCCCUCAAAAAAAUAGAUAAAUAGAUAAAUAAAUUUAGAAGACUAAAAACAAAUAAAUUUAUAAAUAUAUAUAUAUAUAUAUAUAUAUAUAUAUAUAUAUACACAAAAGAGACAAUAUUUAAAGUAGAAUAGGCUAUAAACACGUAAUGAAUAAUAUAUAAAUCGACGAAGGGGGGCAAAAUAUGUACUAUAAAUGAACAUGUAUACAUAUAUACAUAAAUAUAAAUUAAAAGACGUAAUAGUGGUUGUAGUAGGACUAUGAAAAACAGUGACAAUGAAUAGAAGAGCGGCAAGUCGAGCACAGUAGAUCCUCCAAAUGCUCGGCCGAUGAUAGGCGUGAGAAAAACAGACUUCGUAAUUUAGACUUAAGAGAGGAGGGAAGAAAUUUAAAUAUCAGUGGAGAAGAAGAAAUAGAAAACUCUUCUAAGUCGGAACUGAGGUCAUUAAAAAGUUUAGUAGCAGUAUAGGCCAAGGUGCGUUUCCCAGGGUUGCUAUGUGGGCAUGGCACCUUUAAGUCAUAGAGAGAGGCUCUUGUAAAACGGCCCAGAGGUCCACGCGAAUCACAAAGAAAUUGAAAUCUGUUCCUGAGACAUUUAGGAGCAUUCGGAUUAAGGAGUACGAUGAAAAGAAGAAAAAGUUUCCUGUAUUUAAUAAGAUCAAAAACGGGAAUCCAGUUAAGUUUUAGAAAUAAAGAAAUAGAAGUCUGAGAGAGGUCGGCAUCAAGGAGGAUACGCCCAGCACGCUUCUGAAGACGAAGCAGUCGUAAGAGGAGAUGGUAGGAACAGUUACCCCAGGCAGCGGAACAAUAAAUAAAGUAGUUGUUAACACAAGAAUUAUAGAAUCUUAAAGCACAAUCAAAGUUAAGAUAAGGUUUGAUGCGACGGAGAAGAGAAAGCCUACUCCUAAUGAUGCAGCAGAUUGUCUAGAAAAAAAGCCGUGUCAAGAGGGAAUUCAUACCUGAAUGGUUCAACAGUGAAAUUCAAGCCGUUCAACAAUGAAAUUCAAGCCGUAAUGAAACACUUUAAAAUCAGGGGCAUGAAUUUGAAAAACCUAUCGCUAUGAUGGUUAUUAUUCGCUUGAAGGCGAACGGACGUCUGAUGUUUAUGUCCCGUGACUGCAGCCUAUAAGUCUAGGUCCGCCCCCCCUACCCCCAGACAUGUCUUCUCCAAAAACGGUUACUACUUGUGCAGUAAAAGCCAUGGUCAUUUCCCACGUGUGCUGUGAUCUUUGGUGUCUGUACAGUUGUGAUUUUGUAAUCUCAGAAUUUUUUAUGGUACACAGUACGCAUUCUUUAAAAAAUAUCCAUUUUUGACAAUGUUAUUAUUAUUAUUAUUAUGUCGUAUUUAUCGUUCCUUUGGUUAAAAACGAUUUAAUGGUGUGCGUUUAUCGUCGGUUUAUUGCUCUAUAAUCAGAUAAUAGGGCCGGAGGUACUUGGCUCUUAUACGGCAGCUGACCCUUGUGGAGAGGUUAAAACACUGGGUGAAUUAUUCUCUAUUGAGUGAAUGUAAUAUAUGCCUUCAGAGACAGAAGCCUGUCCACAGACGUUUUGUCUUUCUCUGUCUGAGCUUGGCAUAAGGUUCGGGAAAAUAAGUGUGCUCCGCCCUUGGUCUUAUAUUAUAUGUAUAUUUUUAGGGAAAAAGUGGCCACUGAAAAGGACGAAGAAAUAACAGCAUUAAAAACGAAAGUAGAGGAAUUGCAGCAACAUGUUGCUAUGAGUGAUAGAUUAAAGAGGGGCAUGGAAAGGUAACAAACUAAUCUAUUUUUUAAAAUAUAUUUGCCGUUGGAUUAAGGUCACGAUUCGUACUAUCAUUUUUAUUGAAGGUUGAUAUGAGCUUCAAAUUUACCUCUCAAACUCAUUAAUUAUUCACGAGGGCAACAGCCAAUAAAUAAGACGUAUUUGGGUCACAUGCAUGAAACUUGAUACCCAAUGAAAACUCAGAUGAAAGUCUUACGGGUUUUGAUCUGAGAUCAAACAUGGUUUUGAUCUCAGAUCAAACACUUAAGCAUUUUAAUGAGCAUUUUUCAGGUACCGCGGGGUUCAAUAGGUCGAUUAAAAUUACCCGGCGUAGUCAUUCGAACGUUCGGUAAUCAAACUCAA